AUGUAUCAGGUCCUGGAGUUGGGACUUAUCCUAGCUCGAUGUCGAGCUUACUAUAUACUUACUGCCGUUUUGCCUGUUUGCGUCCUAUCUGGUCUCAAUCUGAUGGUGUUUCACGUGCCCCCGGGGUCGGGGGAGAAGAUGACCCUGUGUGUGUCUGUGUUGUUGGCCUAUGCUGUGUACCUGACCUCCAUCAACUCCUUCUUACCGUCUGUGUCCGACCACGUGUCUCUCUUCAGCGUCUACCUCCACUGCAUGUUUGUCCUCAAGGCUCUGACUGUUAUGGCGACAGUCAUUGUCCUAUAUCUCCACUCAACACUGCCCAAGUCUACAAUAAGAAAACAACUGACAAAACAUUUUUCUCCCAUGCCAAAGAAAUACUUACCUGAUGCCAGUUUAGCUGAUAAUCUUGAGUAA